CUUAAUGUUUAACUAUGGAAAUUAAGCAGAAGAUGAUGUAGCAGCAUAAGUAAAUACGUGGAGAAGAGCAUUGUCAGUCAAAUGCAGCAGGACUCCUGAGUCUAAUAAUUUGAAAAGAAGAUGAAGUACCUCCUGUUCCUGUGUUUACUCCUUGCUCUUCUUUGUGCUGUAACCCAUUGCCACCAUGAAGACUUUUGCCAUAAAGUCAAUAACACGAAUUUGCAUGAUCGAACAGAAAAUUUAUUAACACAUAACUGUGACAAGCAAGACUCUAAUUAUGCAGAUUUUGUAUUUAGAUUUUACAAGCAGGCUAUAUCCAAAGAAGCUGAUAAAAAUGUUUUCUUUUCUCCCAUGAGCAUCUCCACUGCCUUUGCCAUGCUGGCUGUUGGUGCUAAGUCAACCACCUUAUCUGAGAUUUUUGAAGGACUGGGCUUUGACAGUCUGUCUGAAGCUCGUAUACAUGAUAUCCAUGAAAGUUUUCAUAAUGUUUUAGCAGUACUGACCUGUACGGAUGUUAACAUCACAUUCAAUAUAGGGAAUGCCCUUUUUACAGCUAUUGGGUAUGAACCACAGGAGACGUUUUUACAAAAUACCAAACAAUUUUAUGAAGCAGAUUUUUUUGUUAGUGAUUUCCAUAAAACAGAAACUAUAAAGCAAAUCAAUAAAUAUGUAGAGGAGAAAACCAAAGGAAAAAUUCCAGAAUUAAUUAGUGGUCUCGAUCCAAAUACUGUACUGGUUCUUGUUAACUACAUUUAUUUUAAAGCUGCCUGGAAAAAUUCUUUCAAUCCUUUGCGUACCUACGAGGAUGUUUUUUUUGUGAAUGCAAAUGCAUCUGUUAGAGUAAAAAUGAUGCAGCGUGACAGUAAAUAUGACAGUUACUACGACCAGGAUCUGUCUUGUGAGGUGGUAGAGCUGCCUUACCAGGGCACUGUACGAGCAUUGCUCAUUCUGCCAGAUGAUGGAAAGAUGAAGCAAGUGGAAAACGCUCUCUCCAAGGAAACUGUUUGUAAAUGGGAUAACAACCUUGAGACCAGGAGAUUAAAUCUGCAGCUACCAAAGAUUUCUCUUAGUGGGUCUUAUGAUGUUAGAAACCUGUUCAAGGACAUGGGAAUUACUGAAGUAUUCUCUAGAAAUGCUGAUCUGUCUGGAAUUAGUGGCAACCGUGAUCUUCAGGUUUCAGAAGCAAUUCACAAGGCCGUGCUGGAAGUUGAUGAGUCUGGAACUGAGGCUGCAGGAGCCACGGCCAUUCUUCUUAACAGAAUUCACAGUCCUUCAGUUACCAUCAAAUUUAACAGGCCCUUCUUUAUCUUGAUCUCUGACAAAAAAACAAGCACCACACUUUUCAUGGGGAAAGUUGUUGAUCCUACUAAGAAGUAAUUGCUGAGUGAUUGGGCAUGCUGGUUUUCGGCAUGAGUUAUCAUGGCUACAGUGUUUGCACAUGUGAGCUAGUUAGUGCUGCUACCUACUCUCUGAUAGAGGCAUAUUGGGAGGUAAAUGAGGAAUUUCCUUAUCAAAAUAAUAAGAAAAAUAUUGUAAAAAAAAAAACCCAAACCCUAAGCAGCUGACAGUUUUAAAAUGUAACAUUUUCCCCAGUUGAGCAAGUCAAGUCCCCUGUGAUUCUAUGAUGUGUUGUCUGGGACUUGCUGAUAUAUCAGCACUCACCUGGGUCAGUCCCUUUCUCCCUUACGUAGCAUUUUGCUGCCUGAGUCACUGUCGUUUACCCUCAACCAACAUCUUCUUUCACACAUGUUCCAGCUCUUUGCCUAGGACGUCUUGAAAAAACAUUGACAGAAAAGAGAAAAUCCCUGAGACAACAGACUUCUGCUGCUGCAGCACACACUGUGUCUUUCUACAAUCCAUAGGAUCAGCAAAAAUUUUGCAAGACAGUGGCAUUAGGCAUGAACUUAUUGCUAUAGUUGAUUAAUAAAAUAAGCAUGGUCAUUUAAAUCCA